AUGUCUACAAAUAAAGAGACAAUUGACGAUAGGUUUACGAAGAUCGAAAAUGACCUUGAACAGAUGAACAAAUUAAUUGAUGAAAACUUAAAGGUGGAUGAUGAUAAGCUUGCUGUAGAAGCAAUGACUGAUAUUCAGGAAGAAGCUGCACAUGAGAAGGAUGUCGUUAAGGAGAAAGAACAGGAAGAAGAAGCUGAGGUCGUAAAAGGAAGUGCAGAUGAAGUGGAAAACGAAAAGCAAGAGGAAUUGACCUUUGUUAAUGACAGUAAUAUUCGCGAACUAAACGAAAUGUUGGAAGCAGAAAUAGAUUCUACUUCUGUCACUGAGGAAACAAAAGUUACUGCAGUAAUCAAGGAAACUGAAGAUACUGCUAUCCCUGAAAAGACAAUAUCUGAUACGGCUAAAGUAACAGAACAUGAAGCUGAAAAUGAUCUUAAACAUGACGAUGAAAAUGAAGAAAUGUUGGAGGACACAACUGAAGACAUAGUAACUUCUCAUGUUGAAUCAGAUACAGUUGACAAGCCUCAAAAAGAACUAGAAGAAGCUGCCAAAGAUACAGUAGAUGAAGGGAAAAUUCAAGAACACCCAAUCGAAGACACACCUGAAUUAAAGGGGAGCAAAAUAGAUACAGCCCUAGCGAGUUCUUGUCAAACUUCACCAGAGCCAAAGGAGACCGACUUUAUGAUAGAACAUGGUGUUGACAAGUCAACUACAAAUGAUGGUAUCUUAGAUUCUAGUGUAGAAGAGAACACUGCCGUCAAAAAAUCAAGCUCCCCAAUGGAAAAUCUUUCCCCAAUUAUGCUACCGAAGAAUACAGCACCAAGAGAAUUCAACGAUACUGAACAAUCCAAUAAUAAAUCUUCAUUGCGUAGAACUACAAAUCCUUUCAGGGUCAUUUCCGUGGGAGCUGCUCACUCCAGGACCCCAAGCGGAGCCUCCUCUAGAGUUGCAAGUGCAAACAUUUCUUUAGGGAAUGAGAGCCAGGAAAACAGUAGAGUGUCAUCGAUUUCUUCAGAUGGGAAGGCAGAACAUAAUGUUUCUAAUGAGAACUCCAUAGAUAAAUUACAAAGUAGACACGAUUAUUUGAUUGAUAAAUGUUCCAAAUUACAAAAAGAAAUCAAUUACUUGAAAAAGAUGAGUAAUCAAGCUAUGUUAUCAAUUGAAGACACUCGAAAAUUAAAGAAUGCAUUAGAAAAGUUGCAAGAAUACUUGGAUAAGAAAACCAAAGAAAAAUAUGAUACCGGUGUUAUGUUGAGCAGACAUUUGAGAAAACAAAUCAAUCGUGGUGAGCAAGGACAAUUUUGGAUAAGCAAUAAGUAA